AUGAAAGAGGGCACCACUCCUUCGCUGUUGCUGCUGCCUCCAGCGCCGCGCCCCGCCAAUCGCGCCGCCCUCAAUGCCGCGUAUCGUCCCUCGUUGAAAUCGGUCUUCUCCAGACUCAAGCAGGCCGACAGCCAGAAUGGUGCCAUACUCGUCAUUGCCCUUGUUUCGCCUGUCCUGCAAGGCCAGUUUCGGCGACAGAAAUCCUUGCAAUGGUCAGAAGCACAGUCGCUUCUAGCGGGAUUGUAUAGCAUCAUAUCUGCCGUCUGCGCCGAGCUCAAGAUCGAUACUGUCAUAAAUUCUGGGCGGGGAGCUGUAGACACACGCAUCGUCCUCAUUGACCAUGAUCUCGACAAAAAGUUAAAUUCGGAUUUCAGGCCUGCUAUCGAGACUAACAACACCAUUGUUGUGGACUUGGGCACCUUUGUGUCUGCCUAUCACCCGUGGAGUCAGAUAUUCGGUGUAGACACCGAGGCGGGGCAUCAUCUACUAUCAACAUAUCUAGGACUGCUUGAAGGCGUCCAGUCAUUGAAGCAGGAGCAAAUAGUUACCGUUGAGGGAGGGCUUACUUUGCAUGUUGGCGCAACAACUUCGGCAGAACCGAAACCCAGUUUGUACGAUGUCGUUUGCUUGGGCGGCACAUUUGACCAUCUACACCCUGGCCACAAGCUUCUCUUGACAGCCGGUGCUCUGCUCCUGAAGGUGCCCACAGACACAUCAAGUAGGCCUUGCCGCUUUAUCAUUGGUAUUACCGGCGACGAGCUGCUUAAAAACAAAAAGUACGCCGAGUUUAUGCAAUCUUGGGAGGACCGAGCCUUGUACACCAUUGAAUUCUUGAAAUCACUACUGGCGCUUCACUUGGAGGGUUGGAAGCGUGGACGGGCACCAGAGAUGCACAAGGAAGACGGCAAGAUCACCGCAUUUUUUAGGAACAACACCAUAUCCAUUGAGUGCGUCGUCAUUCAAGAUACAUACGGCCCUACCAUCACAAUUGAGGCUAUGGAUGCUUUGGUGGUGUCAGGAGAAACACGUUCCGGAGGAGCUGCAGUGAAUGAUAAGAGAAAGUCUCUCGGCUGGCAUUCCAUGGAGGUCUUUGAAGUGGACGUUCUUGACGCUGAGGAUAUCUCGGACGAUGCAGCGAAGACAAAAGAUUUUGCCACCAAAAUCAGCAGUACCUCUAUCAGAAGGCAAAAGGCAGAGUCGCUUCUAUAG